AUGGCCAACGUGGUCGUGAAAACCAUCUGGCAGUCGAAGGAAAUCAACGAAGCUGGAGACCCCCCCUCUGGGGCGGAGACCCGAGCCCAGAGCACCCGGGACCUGCUGGGCAAAGCCAGCCCCAAGGCCUUCCCCAGGAAGAAGAAAGCCGUGUCCUUCCAUGGCCCCCCCCCGGCCAGCGAGGCCCCCCCCGGCCGCCUGAACUUAAAGCGCUCCUCAGCCUGCACCAACGUCUCGCUGCUGAACCUGACGGGCGACGACUCCGAGUCCACGGACGACGGGGCCGGGCGGGGGGCCGCCCCCCUCAGCCCCCCCCUGCCCUCCGGGGACCCCGCCUGGUCUGAGGACGACACCGACCCCUCCACCCCACUGGACAUGGUGAACAGCGGUCUGGUGCGCGCCAAGGACUCCGUCACCAGCCUCAAGGAGCGGGCGUCCCGGGUCAACCGGCGGGUGCAGAGCCUCCAGAGCGAAUGCUCGAUGCUGUGUGACAACCUGGAGCGCCGGCGGAGGGAGGCCGAGGACCUGGAGGAGUACUGCACCCAGCUCCAGGAGAGCUGCCGCAAGGUCAGCCAGUCGGUGGAAGACGCUGAGAUCAAGACCAACGCGCUCAAGAAAAGCUCCGUCCUGCUGGAGGAGAAGCUGCGGACGCUGCAGCAGCAGGCGCAGGGCGGGGAGCUCGGCGGGCAGGAACCGGAGCAGCACGUGGCCACGGAGAUCUCCAAGCACAGCCGGGACCCGGCAGGGGGCAGCCCCACAGAUCCCAUCGGCAGCCCGCAGGGGGUGCAGGGCAGGGAGCCGGGCUCUGCGCUGGAGGAAUCCAGGCAGGGGGCCGUGCUGCGGACCAUCGAGCGGCUUGGGGUGCAGUGGCAACGGGGGCACCAGGAGCUCCAGGGGCGGCUGGACGAAGCCUUCAACACGGCGAACUGCACGGCCCAGGCCCUGAGCCAGCUCCGCGCCGACCUCGAGGGGCUGCGGCAGGUCAAGCCGCUGCUGGAGGACGUGGCCCGUCAGCUGGGGAGCCUCAGGGCCCUGGAGCUGCCCGACCGGCCCCCCACCAGCUGUGCCAGCCAGGGCUGCAUCAGUGCCCAGAGCCUGGGGCAGAUGGUGGAGCGCGCGGUGACGCCCCUGCUGGAGGAACUGAGGCAGUGCGGGCUCCCCCCGGCCCCCUGCCCCGCCUGCCAGCGGCUGCAGAACAAGAUCCUGGAGCUGGAGCAGGCCGCCUUGGACACACACGCACGAGCGGAGACCCUGAGCUCCAACUUGCGCCUGGCACAGGACGAAGCCCUGAGAGCCAAGACCUAUGUGGAGCGGGUCCGGCUCAGCCCCCAGGAGAAGCCCCCCGGCCUGGACCCCCUCCAUGCCCGGCUCAGCUCCCUGCAGGCCCAGCUGGCCCAGGACGGGGGGGCCCAGCCUCCGGCGCCGCCUCCACCCCAGCAGCGCUGACUCCCACCGCAGCCACCAAUAAAGCGCCUGCC